AUGGCUGAAGCUCUACCUGCAGUGGCUACUGCGCCGCGAGCUCCUCAGCAGCAGCCAGCGCCACAGUUGUCUUUCCUGCAACGCAUAGCAGCGAAGAGGGACCUGCUGAGGCCGCAACAACUGGAGUCAGAGGAGGAGACUCAACCGAAGAGAAAGCGAGACUCUGAGAGCGAAAUUGGGAAGAAGCAGUAUCUACGAUGUCACGUCGCAAUCUUCAAAGAUGAAAAUUUGGUGCGCAGAGCAGGUGAUGUCAAGGCGCCAACACCAGGCGUGGGCCUCAAAGUCUGUCCGGACCCGGGUCGACAUGGCGAACCAUGCCUAACUCUGAACUUCGGAGCCAAAAAUACUCCAGAAGAAAUUCAGGAAAAUGAUCGUCCCGUGACAAGUCUCGCUUUCAAAUGGGAGCCGUCCACCCGGAUCAACGGCGAGUACGCUCUUGACCAAUUCGAAUUGUUUACGCACGCGGAUAGACCGGAUGAGUUUGAUGAGAUCGUCCAAAAGCAAGCAAUGGCCGGCGUUUCCGCUGAAAAUGCGAGCAUGGCAUUUCUCUGCUGUGCCAAGUUCAGGACUCAUUAUUAUCCACUCUGCAGCGUCAUCGACCCUGUCUGGGAUGACUGGUACGAGAACAAGAGGCUUACUGACGAGGCCUCUAAACAGAUUACCAACAUGGCAAGGGUGCUAACAGCGGUUUCACAGCAAGGGGUCAAGAACACCUUCACGAUCGAGAUCAACGGCUCUGACGUCGCAGUCUUCUUUCAUGCGAAAGAAGACCCACGAAAACUUAUUCCGACCUUGCCAGCAAGUUACUUGAAAGGUAGCUAUACAGACUUCUGGCGAGUCCAUAUUCGUUGUCUUACGACAACGAAGACGAGCGACCUUAACUUGCAACCAGGAUCCGGCGUGGUAACCCCACGUUCUGCGGAUGAGCUGGUGAAAACUGGAUGCGAUUUUGCAGGAACGUUGUGGAAACCACAUCGGGAAAAGCCACCUCUAGAUUCUCAGGUGCAUCGGGAGCUCGUGUGCUUGCCGAGCAGUUCCCUUCCAACGGGACGGAUCUCAGUAUCCCCCGAUCUCAAGCAGCACGAGGCUGAAGAGAAUGCUGUUCACAAGCUCCUCACUUCGGAUCAGCCAUUACUAACCGCGAUAAAAGAGAACAUCGUCGGUAAGCAGCUACGACAGGCGCCAGUCAUUAAUAAUCUCCUUGCAGAAUCAUCGAAGCAACAGGAAGUAGCAGUGUUUCCUCCUCUCAUCGUUCAUCAUACUCCUCAACAGCUCGAUCGGGACUCAAGAGCAGUGACAGCUCAAACGAAAGCUGCAGAAUCGUCGGCGGAAAGUGCGAGGUUGGAGCGUGCUCAUCUGGAGCAACAAGAAAGGAGCAGGGAACAGGCAGACGAUCAGAUUGCAGCGUUGCGCAUACAGAUGGAGUUUGAUAUUCAAAUGGCUAAGGAGAAAAAGGAGGAGGACUUAUGCGUACUGGAUGCUCGGUUGAAAGUCUUUCGAGAUCAUUCACAGCUCCAUCGUGUGAGAAAUGAAUAUGUGAGGAACAGCUAA